AACAAUAAUACAAUCGUUAAUUGUUUAUUAUAUAACCCAAUUAAUUCACCAAUGGCUGUUGUUACCUCCCCACCAAUUUGUGCUUCUAUUGAUUGCACCAAGGAAGCACAUUUGCAAUGCCCUACAUGCGUUAAGAACAACAACAAGGAAGAUUCCUUUUUCUGCUCGCAGGAUUGUUUCAAGAAGAGUUGGGGUUCCCACAAGGCACUCCACCAGUCCCAACGUGGACCUUAUGAUCCUUUCCCAACCUUCAAGUACGCUGGGCCUCUCCGUCCUGUCUACCCUCUCUCUCCUCGUCGGGUAGUCCCUGAUUCAAUUGAAAAGCCAGACUAUACUGAGACUGGUAUUCCAAAAUCCGAGUUUGCUGAAUCAAGAAACACAAGCAUCAAGGUUCUCACCCCCGAGGAAAUUGAGGGCGUAAGAAAAGCAUGCAAGAUUACACGCGAGGUUUUAGAGAUUGCAGCAAAGUCCAUUCAAGUUGGAAUUACCACAGAUGAAAUUGAUCGCAUUGUUCAUGAGGCAACUAUUGAGCGUGGUGCUUAUCCUUCACCUCUCAACUACAACUACUUCCCCAAGUCUUGCUGCACUUCUUUGAACGAAGUCAUUUGUCACGGAAUUCCUGAUCAGCGCAAGCUAGUUGAUGGUGAUAUUCUUAACAUUGAUGUCAGUUGCUUCUACAAAGGUUUCCAUGGUGAUGCCAAUGGUACCUAUUGUGUCGGAAAUGUUGACAAGGCUGGAAAGAAGCUUAUUAAUGUUACACUCGAGUGUUUGAACAAAGCUAUUGCUGCAGCAAAACCUGGUGUCAGAUACCGUGAUUUUGGAAAGAUUAUCGAAGAGCACGCCACAAAGAACGGAUUCUCUGUUGUGCGCGCCUUCUGUGGACACGGUAUUAACCAGCUCUUCCACUGCUCCCCCAACGUGCCUCAUUAUGCUAACAACAAGGCCAUUGGUAUUUUGAAGCCUGGCCAUAUAUUCACUAUUGAGCCAAUGAUCUGCGAAGGCGUUUACCAGGAACUUCUCUGGCCUGAUAACUGGACCGCAACCACAAAGGAUGGCAAGCGCUCCGCACAAUUUGAGCAUACUCUUCUUGUCACUGAGAAUGGUGUUGAAAUCCUUACUUAACUAGCAAGCAGGAUUAUUAUAUAAAAUAAAAUAAAAAUAAAUGCAUAAACUCAUAAGACAC